AUGUCGCUCGAUCCUCCCACGUACCUGGGCUCUCUGCAGGACAACAUCCGUCAACGGCCAAUCCCCUGGGAUGGCGCCGUUCGAGCAGGCACCAUCACCGAGGACCACCUGGCCCGCAUUCGCGCCGUCGACAAGGCGAAGAAGUCAGAGGCAAGGAAGGAGAUUGUAGAUGGAGACCUCGAUGGCUAUCGCUCCCUCUUUGUUGGCGAACCGGGAAAGCCCUCCGUACUCGAGUCUGCGGGGAAGCAGGCUAAAAUUGUCCAGUACAUUCUCGUCCUUUUGGCCGACCUUUUGCCCGGUGUACCGUCGCUGUCCAAGGCCAUCUUCAAGAACAGCGAUCCCUACAAACAUUUCCUACCUUUGCUCGCUCACUCAAACAACGCCGAGGACCCCAUUCCGCUGCUCACCUCGACGGCCUUGACUAAGCUCAUGUCGCUCGCUGGGGACGAAUCCCAGGCGACUCGAAAUGCCAUCCCCGUCCUUCUCUCAUACCUAUCCGGGCUCGCGAAGAGCUCCGAUGCCGGUCUCCAGGACAUUGCCGUCCAGGAAUACUCCUCCAUUCUCUUUGGACAUGCGUCCAGGCAACAAUUCUGGAACCAAAGGAGCGAGACGAUUGCACCUCUGGUUGAGAUUCUUAGAACGGCAGCUGGCAUUGGAAGCAACGGCAGCUCCUCAGCAAGCAUAUGGAGUGGUACUGCACCCACGAGAGCCACGGGCUUUGAGGGCUCACUCGGUGGCGGCGUUGGCCUGCAGUUGCUUUACCACGUCCUACUGGUCAUUUGGCAAAUGAGCUUUGAGGCCGAAGAAAUCGGCGACGAUCUGAACGAUGAAUACGACAUCGUUCUGCUCUACACCCAGCUCCUGCGUCUCUCCCCCAAAGAGAAGACGACGCGAUUGGUUGUGUCAACACUUUUCAAUCUGCUCAGUCAGAAUCAAAAAUCACUCCUCCCUACUGCGGUGCUUGCGCGACUGCCCGCACUCCUCGAGAACUUGAGUGGACGUCACUUGACUGACCCGGACCUGCUCGAGGACACGCAGAAACUGAAGGAACUUCUGGAAGAGUACACCAAGACAAAGACCACAUUUGAUGAAUACGUUGCCGAGGUAGAGUCUGGCCACCUUCGUUGGUCGCCGCCUCACCGGAGCCAGGUCUUCUGGGCCGAGAACGCGCGCAAGAUUCUAGAGCACGAAAACGGAGCAAUCACGCGUAAGCUAGCCGAAAUCAUGAAGAAGCCGUGGGAGAAUGACAAGGCGGUGUUGGCUAUUGCUUGCAACGACGUUGGGGCGUUAGUCAAGGAGGUGCCCGAGAAGAGAUACCAGCUGGAGAAGCUUGGGCUGAAGACGAGAAUCAUGGAGCUAAUGGGUGAAUCCGACGAGAACGUCCGAUGGGAGAGUUUGAAGGCGUUGGGUGGCUGGCUCAAGUACAGCUUCGAGAACUGA